AUGAGCCGGACGGUGGGAAGCCGCUGGCAGCGCGGUCGCUGGCACCGGCCCAGCGAGAUGGAAACAGCGGCCAGUGGGCCGCGACCCCGCCGCCUCCGGGGCCGGAAGCCAGUGGCCACCUCGACACCCACCGUGGCCACUCGGCGCCCGCGGCCCGCGGUUCGAGGACGGAGCUCCGAGGUGGGCCGGGGAGGCCCCGGGGCUGCCCGGGGCGAUGUGUCCCCUCCGCUGGCCCGGGCCCACCGCCUCAGGGCCGGCGAUCCCUUCGCGGUGAACGGAUACUCACCUGGUCCGCCGCGGACACGGGCGGAGGAGAAGGGCGACUGGGUGCGCGAGGGUCAAGAGUGUCCGGAACCCAUUAGUUCUUCUCAAGAGUUACCGUCUGCGUUCUGGUUACAGGUACAGUCCCUGCAAACCACGUUUGGAACUUUUGAGUCCAUCUUGAGAAGCUCCCAACAUAAACAGGAUCUCACAGAGAAAGCUGUGAAGCAAGGGGAGAGCGAGAUCAACCGCAUCAGUGAAGUCCUGCAGAAGCUCCAGAAUGAGAUUCUCAAAGACCUCUCAGAUGGGAUCCACGUGGUGAAGGAUGCUCGGGAGCGGGACUUCACGUCCCUUGAGAACACGGUGGAGGAAAGGCUGACGGAACUCACCAGGUCCAUUAACGACAACAUCGCCGUCUUCACCGAAGUCCAGAAGAGGAGCCAGCAGGAAAUAAACGACGUGAAGGCGAAGGUGGCCACCCUGGGAGACCCCGAGGCCUACAAGCAGGAUUUCAAAGCCUUGAAGGGAGUUGUGAAGGAAAUACAAACCUCUGUGAAGUCCAAGGAGAAGGACAUUGAGGCCCUGAGAAGCACCCUCCAGGCCAUGGAGUCUGAUGUCUACACUGAGGUCAAAGAGCUGGUGAGCCUCAAGCAGGAGCAGCAGAAGUUCAAGGAGGCGGCAGACUCCGAGCACCUCACUUUGCAGGCCCUCACGGAGAAGAUCCUGCAGUCGGAGGAGUCCACCUCCCGCCUCCCUGAGGCGAUCCGGACGCUGGAGGAAGAGCUACGCCAGCUGAAAGCUGAAACCCUCAGACCAGAAGACAGAGUUUUCAGAAACUCUGAUGCCUUAGAGGCGCUGCAGGAGAAGAAUCAGGGACUGGACUCCAGGCUGCAGACCGUGGAGGAUGGAGUCCGUGCUGCGCAGACGGCCUCUGCACGGCAGAGCGAGGACCUGGAGGCCCUGCUGGUGCGGAGCGAGGAGCAGGGGCAGCGUCUGGCCGCCCUGCAGGAGCGGGUGGCAGGCCUGGGCUCCUCGGAGGCGGACCAGCGCGGCCUGGCCAGCACGGUGAGGAGCCUGGGGGAGGCCCAGCUGUCGCUCUAUGGCGACGUGGAGGAGCUCAAGAGAAGCAUGGGCGAGCUCCCCAGCACCGUGGAGGCGCUCCAGAAGGUGCAGGAGCAGGUCCACACGCUGCUCGGGCAGGACCCGGCCUGGGCGCCUCCUCAGGACGUCCUGGACAGACUGUCUUCUCUCGACAACCUCAGGUCCUCCGUCAGCCAAGUGGAGUCGGACUUGAAAAUGCUCAGGACUGCCGUGGACAGUUUGGUGGCGUACUCCGUGAAAAUAGAAACGAACGAGAACAACUUGGAAUCGGCCAAGGGUUUGCUAGAUGACCUGAGAAACGAUCUGGAUAGGUUGUUUGUGAAAGUUGAAAAGAUUCAUGAAAAAGUCUAAAUGAAUUGUGGGUGUGGGGCAUGGAUUUAAAGUCAAGUUUCUCAUGACCAAAAAAAUGUCUUGUUUUCUCCCCCCCCCCAUGUUUUUGUCCCCCUUAAAAGAGCAGUCGACACCACGUGGGACACCAAGGCUUUUUGUGUUUUUGUGCCCAGUUAAUUUAUUGACGAUUAUUACCACACUCCAUUGGUUUCUCAAGUUUUCUGCUUCUGCUUUUGGCCGGUGUCUGAAGGCCCCGCUCCUGUGAAUCAGAGGUGCCUUUUAGGGGGAUGUCUCUAGUUUCAGAGAAUGGCGGUGGCUUCGACCGAGUGGAGCUGAAGCAGUUUAACCUCAAAAAUGCCUGGCUGGCUGGCAGAUUUCAAGUAAAAGAGUGGCGGGAGGAGGCACUUUUCUCUCUAAUUGUCUUUAAGGAAAAUUUAUUUUUUUUUAUACUUCUGGCUGAAGUUUUCAUGGGAUGUCACUGACUUCUUGUCUUCCACUUUAAACUGGUUAAAACUCAUAAGUGUCAGCUCUGAAUCGGGAGGGGGGACAGGCCCCCCGUUUUUACUUUGAAGAGAAUCAGCUGCUUGACAGGUCGCCUCCCGUGCGGUGGGUGUCCUUCCCAUUCCCGAAUCGUCUCGUGAUCUCAAAGGUAACUAUGCAAAGAAUCCAGACGGUUCUGAAUGUGAAGGCAAAGCACCCCAGAGUCCCCUGUGGCUGGCCUGUGUCACCUCUUGGUAGGUCCCCAAACUGAGUGGGUUUAGAAUCCCUGAAAGGGGAGUCCUUGGAUUUCUUCAGGAAAUGUGUGGUGACAGCUGUCUGUAGAGGCGAGGGCUGACUCCCUGGGGAAUGGAGGCCAAGUCUUUUUAUUUUACCUCCAUGUCCAUGACCAGGUUUGCUGUUAGAGCAGAUUCCCAUCUGUCAGUGAGGAAUGUGUGCAUUUGCUGUAGUCAUUGGCUGUUUCCCUUUCCCUUUGAGCUGUACUGUUCUUUAAUGGCUGUCUUGCCCUUCAAAAAAGGAAAAAAAAAAAAAAAGAAAAGGAAAAGAAAAAAAAAAGGUUAGUUUACUGUGAAAUGAACUGUAUGGCUUAUUUACAGUAUUUUUAAUUCUUAAUAAACACUUGAGCUUUGUUACGA